UCACUCACAUGUGGACAGGGAUUUUAACAGUGACGGGAACGUGUUCGGUGUGUUGUGGUACGAACUGGACAGCAUAUAUAGUGAUGAGUCUUACGCUUCCCAUCACGUGAAAUACUUGGAUUAUUAAAACCCUUAUCAGCCACAGAGGCAUCGUUGGAAAUCCCUGUUUUAACGACAAAUGAUAGGAUGGAGAAUCUGGAGUUGAGCCUUACAUCUCUAGGUACAAUCUCAAGACAUGUCGACAAAAGUCACAACGAACUCAGCAAGUAUCUGACUAAACAGAUAUGGACUCAGCAGGACAGGCAGUGUAUAUUGGAUUGUCUUGCUCGGCUCUUAUUGGAAAAGGAAUACACACUUCUCAUUGCACGUCACCUGCGGCCACUGAUCCUGGACCUGCUGGAGAGGAAUGCUGAGAGGAUCAAAGCAGACGUUAGACUGAAACACGACCUUCACGAACGCUUGUGUGUGGCUCUGAGCAAACUUUUAAACAUCAGCCCAGAUGCUCAAACGUUUGCAACAAGGUACUUCAACAGUGCUCCACCUGUUUUCCAAAGACUCUUCUUCACCAGUGAAGAGUCUGCCUCAGUCCAGUAUGGACCCAGACGGAUGAAACUGCGCGACCUGAUGGGAGCCACCCUCCGCUUCCUCCAAAGUGACUGUGAGAAGUUCCGGUUCCUGUGGGACUGGAGUGCCUGCGUUUCGCAGCUUCUUACCAGUGAUGUCAUGGUCAGGAGUUAUACUGCACAGUGCCUUGCCCUGGUGUCCCACAUGACGGACAAUCAGAAAACCAUCUUUCUGAAGAAGGUUCUUUCUAUUGAUGAGAUUCUGCAUUUAAAAAUAAAGUCACUCGAGGAGACUGAGCAACUGGAGGUAGAAAAGGCUUUGGUUUUAGCCAAUCAGGGUUCAGUAAUGUGGCGGAAAGAGAGGACGAAUAAGUCCACCCGUGGUCAGCUGGUGACAGAGGACCUAACACAGAACGUUACCGUGGUCUGUGGGGUAAUUCUACCCAGAAGGACCCCUAGACAGGGGGAACAGACUCAGACAAGUAUAAGAAAUUUGGUGUUGGUGGAUUCAACAUGUCAAAAUCUACGUCGACUCUCCAUGGCUGUUGCCUCCCAGAAGCCCAUUCUGUUGGAAGGGCCCAUUGGAUGUGGAAAAACAGCUCUUGUUGAAUAUUUAGCUGCUGUUACUGGACACGUAAAAGCCCCUGACAUCCUGAAGGUUCAGCUUGGGGAUCAGACCGACAGUAAGAUGCUGCUAGGCAUGUACCGCUGCACAGACGUUCCUGGGAAGUUUGUAUGGCAGCCGGGAUCCCUGACCCAGGCAGUCUCCAAAGGUUACUGGAUUCUGCUGGAGGACAUUGAUCAUGCUCCCUUAGAUGUGAUAUCAGUAUUGCUUCCCCUUAUGGAGAACAAAAAGUUGACUAUUCCAGGACGUGAAGAUUGCAUAAAGAUGGCCCCAUCAUUUCAGUUCUUUGCAACACGAAGGACAUUUUUCAGUGGAGGAGCCUGGCACCGUCCACAGAGCACACAUGCGGCACUUCUGGACAAAUACUGGUGUAAACUGCAGAUUGGCAACAUGACCAGAGACGAACUUAAACAGGUUCUAAUAAAAAGGUAUCCCAACCUGACAGUAGUGGUUGAACGUCUUUUGGACAUAUACUGUCAGCUAACAGGAGACAGACAUCAGGGCAGCUCUAGUCUACAGGGUCCUAGUGCAGUCCAAAGCAUAUCAGAUGAGAACGUAACACUGGAGGGCAGAGGUCUUUCAUUGAGGGACUUGCUGAAAUGGUGCGAGAGAAUCUGCUUGAACUUUGACGGUUCUUCUGCCUCCACAGCACAAAAUGUUUUCCUGGAGGCUCUGGACUGCUUCACCGCCAUGCUCUCCAAACCUGAGAGCAGACUCAAGAUGUCAGAAAUCAUUGGCAGCAAGCUCAACAUAUCCAAAGAGAAGGCCCAGCACUUCUGUCAGAUGUACCUGCCUGCCAUUAAUGUGACCGAGCUUGAGGUCUCCGUGGGUCGUGUAAUGUUACUUCGUAAGCAGAGUGACGCGGUGCGACUUAGUAUAGAAAAACAAACGUUUGCUGCCACACGGCCAUCAUCUGUACUUCUGGAGCAGCUGUCAGUGUGCGUCACUAGAGGGGAGCCCGUCUUGUUGGUUGGGGAAACGGGCACAGGAAAGACCUCUACUGUGCAGUAUCUGGCUGGAGUGACAGGACACAAACUCAGAGUAGUCAACAUGAAUCAACAGAGUGACACUGCAGACCUGCUGGGAGGGUAUAAACCAGUGGACCAUAAGCUCAUCUUGUUACCCUUGCGGGAGGCGUUUGAAGACCUCUUCUCUCAGACAUACUCAAGGAAACAGAACCUGACUUUUUUGGGUCACGUUCAGACCUGCUUCAAAGGCAAACGCUGGCAGGAUCUUCUCAAGCUUAUGGACCAUGUGUGCAAAUCAGCGCUCACUAAGGAACUACAUGAUAAACCUAAUGCUGCUCUGCUGCAGGAACAGUGGGAGGCUCUUGCUCUUAAACUCAGUCAGACACAAGAACAGAUUCGAGCCUGUGAAUCUGCCAUGAUUUUUGCUUUUGUGGAGGGGACUUUAGCCCAGGCUGUAAAGAAAGGCGAAUGGAUCCUGCUGGAUGAGAUUAAUCUGGCAGCUGCAGAGAUGUUGGAGUGUCUGAGUGGAUUACUGGAGGGCAGCGCUGGAUCUUUAGUGCUGCUUGACAGGGGAGAUACUGAGCCUCUGGUUCGACAUCCAGACUUUCGUCUAUUUGCCUGCAUGAAUCCAGCCACUGAUGUAGGCAAGAGGAACCUGCCACUGGGCAUUAGAAACAGAUUUACAGAGCUGUACGUGGAGGAACUAGAGAGUGAAAGUGAUUUACGUAUCCUGGUCUCAGAUUACCUAAAAGGCCUGAACCUGAACAGAUCCAUCAUUCAAGGAAUCAUCAGUUUUUAUUUGGCUGUUCGUAAGGAGGCUCACACACGGUUGGUUGAUGGUACCGGUCACAAGCCCCAUUACAGCCUGCGUACUUUGUGUCGAGCUCUUAAAUAUGUGGCAUCUAACCCCUGCUACAACAUUCAACGCUCCCUCUAUGAGGGUUUCUGUCUGAGUUUUCUUACCCAGCUGGAUCGCAGCUCUCACCCCAUUGUGCAGAAACUGGUGUGUCAGUACAUACUAGGAGGAAAUGUGAAAUGUCUCAAACAGCCAAUCCCGAAGCCCAAAGAGCGUGUGUGUAUACAGAUAGAGGAGUACUGGCUUAGUCAGGGUGAUAUGGAGCCUGUGUUGGACCCCAGUUACAUCCUUACACCUUCUGUCAAGCUUAACCUGAAAGAUCUGGCACGGGUGGUGUCCGCCGGCAUCCAUCCCGUGCUCAUCCAAGGGGAAACAUCUGUGGGAAAGACCAGUUUAAUUAAAUGGCUUGCAGCCGCCACAGGAAACCAGUGUGUGAGAAUCAAUAACCAUGAGCACACAGAUAUCCAGGAGUACAUCGGCUGCUACUCCUCUGAUGAGCAUGGCAAACUUGUCUUCAAAGAAGGUGUGCUAAUUGAUGCCAUGAGGAAAGGUUAUUGGAUCAUUCUGGAUGAACUGAACCUUGCUCCAACUGAUGUGCUGGAGGCUUUAAAUAGAUUGCUGGAUGACAACAGGGAGCUUUUCAUAGCUGAAACACAAGAAGUGGUCAAAGCCCACCCCAGAUUCAUGCUCUUUGCCACCCAGAAUCCUCCUGGACUCUAUGGUGGCAGAAAGGUUCUGUCGCGAGCAUUUAGGAAUCGAUUUGUGGAGUUGCAUUUUGAUGAGCUUCCCAGUUCAGAGUUGGAGAACAUCCUCCAUCAGCGCUGUAGCCUUCCUCCAUCCUACUGCUCCAAACUCAUCAAAGUCAUGCAGAACCUGCAGUCUUUACGUAGGGGAUCCAGCGUGUUUGCCGGGAAACAUGGUUUCAUUACCCUGAGAGACCUGUUUCGCUGGUCUGAACGCUAUAGGCUGGAAGAGCAGAAUGAGGCCUCUCGUGAUUGGCUGCAGCACCUGGCGGAUGAUGGCUACAUGCUGUUGGCUGGCCGUGUCAGAAAGCCAGAGGAGGCUUUGAUCAUCCAGAACAUAUUGGAGAAACACUUUAAAAAGACAGUCAACCCGGAUGCUCUUUUCUCAGAAGCUCAGGUCACCUCUCAGUUCAGCCCUUUUGUGGACAGUAUUGCGGGUGUCCCAGAAGAAUUCGGCCAUGUUGUGUGGACCCAGGGCAUGAGGAGAUUGGCUGUGCUUGUGGGUCGAGCGCUUCGUUUUGGAGAGUCUGUCCUGCUUGUUGGAGACACAGGGUGUGGCAAAACCACCAUCUGCCAGCUCUUUGCUGCACUAGCUGGUCAGAAGUUCUUCUCCCUGAACUGCCAUUUACACAUGGAGACGUCUGAUUUUCUGGGUGGCCUCCGACCUGUCCGUCACACUGGAACCCAAAAUGCUGAUGGCGAGGACGGACGUCUGUUUGAGUGGCAUGAUGGACCGCUGGUCCUGGCGAUGAAACAGGACGGCGUGUUUCUGAUGGAUGAGAUCUCGCUGGCUGAUGACUCUGUGCUGGAGAGACUCAACAGCGUGCUGGAGAUUGAAAAGUCUCUGGUGCUGGCAGAGAAAGGCAGUGGAGAUAAUGAUGAUGUUGAGCACAUUACCGCUGGAAAGAAAUUUAGACUCGUUGCCACCAUGAACCCCGGAGGUGACUUUGGAAAGAAAGAGCUGUCUCCAGCUCUAAGAAACCGGUUCACUGAGAUUUGGUGUCCCCAGAAUAACAGCCGUAACGAUCUGAUCCAAAUCAUCCAACACAACCUUCGUCCUGGACUGUCACUGGAUCAGCAUGACCACCAAGGUAAAGACGUAGCAGAGCUCAUGUUGGACUUUAUCGACUGGCUGACCAGUCAGGAGUUCGGACGGCGGUGUAUACUAAGUGUGCGAGACAUCCUGUCAUGGGUUAACUUCACGAACACUGUGUGUGAGAGAGACGAGGAUGGAUUCAUGACCAUGGGCGAGCUCGAGGAGGAGGAACCUGAAUGGGAUCUGAGAUUGGACACCGUAACUGCCUUUAUUCAUGCUGCAUGCCUUGUGUAUGUGGAUGGAAUCGGUUCAGGAACCACAGUGUCGGCAGCAGAGAAUGCUCUGGUAGCCCGGCGGGCGUGUUUGGAAUUCCUGGAGAAGAGAUUGAGCAGGAUUACUGAGCUGGAUGAGGAGAUGCGGGAUGCACUCAGAGUCUAUGACAGCAGCAUCUCUAGGGAGCCCCAGUGGGGUGAAGACUUUUUUGGCAUUGAUCCCUUCUACAUAGCUGCAGGGCCUGAGAGCGAAGGCAGGAGUUUGUCGGGCUACACCUUGAGCGCAGGCACCACCGCAGUGAACGCUCAGAGGAUCCUACGGGCACUAAAGCUCCAGAGACCCAUACUGCUGGAGGGCUCACCUGGUGUGGGGAAGACCAGCCUGGUCGCUGCCCUUGCCAAAGCAUCUGGGAACCACCUUGUCCGGAUCAACCUGUCUGAACAAACUGAUGUCACGGAUCUGUUUGGGACAGACCUGCCAGUAGAAGGGGGUAAAGGAGGGGAGUUUGCCUGGCGUGAUGGUCCUGUCCUAGCUGCUUUGAAGGCUGGACAUUGGAUUGUCCUGGAUGAGCUGAAUCUGGCCUCUCAGUCAGUGCUUGAGGGUCUUAACGCUUGCUUCGACCAUCGAGCUGAGAUCUACAUUCCUGAGCUGGGCAUGCGCUUCCAUGUUCAGCAUGAGAAGACCAAGAUCUUCGGCUGUCAGAAUCCUUUCACUCAGGGAGGAGGACGCAAAGGCCUCCCGAAGUCUUUCCUUAACAGAUUCACUCAGGUGUAUGUGGAUGCACUAACCAGUGAAGACAUGCAGUUCAUUGGUGACUCCAUCUUUCCCAACAUCGACAACGCGAUCAUCUCAAAAAUGGUGCAGUUCAGCAACCGGCUGAUUCAAGAGGUGACUGUUGAGAGGAAGUGGGGUCAGAGAGGAGGACCGUGGGAGUUUAAUCUCCGUGACCUCUUCCGUUGGUGUCAGCUGAUGCAAGCAGAUCAAUCACCAGGCUUCUUCAACCCCGGACAGCACGUUGGAUUGGUGUAUGCGGACCGCAUGAGGACUGAGGCAGACAAAGCUCAGGUGUUGGCUGUGUUCAGGAAGGUGUUUGGAGAAGACUUUGAGCCAUACAUGGGUUCAAGACAGUUCCAUAUAACACCUUUAAAUCUGCAGUUGGGCUAUUCGGUCCUCCAGCGUAGUGGAGGUUCACCUAUUGCUCUGGACCCUCCUCUGUCCAUUACCCAUCAUUCUUUGCGUCCACUGGAGGCUUUGAUGAAAUGCGUGGAGAUGGGGUGGAUGGCCAUACUGGUGGGUCCCACUGCCAGUGGGAAGAGCAGUCUAGUGCAUCUCCUCGCACUGUUAACAGGCCAUAGGUUGAGGGUCAUGGCCAUGAACAGCGCCAUGGACACAACCGAGCUCCUGGGUGGCUUCGAGCAGGUGGACAUCAUACGUCCUUGGCAGCAGGUCUUGGAGAGCAUGGACUAUGUAGUUGCCAUGGUGACCAGACGAGGUCUAAUGUCUUUGGAUGGAGCGGUACAGGAUACAGAGUUUCUGUUGAGUACAUGGAGUACGUUCCGCCACUGGCUGAGGGACGAGGGUCUCGAUACGACAGAGGGCACCGUCACAUUUGAUGCUUUAAACAAGCUGGAGGUCAUUAUUGUUCUGCUACAUAAACUCAACACCAAACUCAAAGUCUUAACAGACAUGUCAAAGCUGCAGAUGGAUUUUACUCUGCUGAAGGAGCGUUUGGCUCAGAUGCAAGAUGGCUGGACUCAUGGCGGCUUUGAAUGGCUGGAUGGAACAUUAGUACAGGCGCUACAGGCAGGGGAUUGGCUGCUUAUGGACAACGUCAACUUCUGCAGCCCUUCAGUGUUGGAUCGACUCAAUGCCCUCCUAGAGCCUGGAGGCUCAUUAACCAUUAAUGAACGUGGUAUUAUUGAUGGAGCUACACCCACCAUCACACCCCACCCUAACUUCAGGUUGUUCCUCACUAUGGACUCCACAAACGGUGAAAUCUCUCGAGCUAUGAGGAACCGUGGAGUUGAGAUCUACAUCCCAGGCGAGCAUGAGGGCAUGUGCUGGGACGCUUUGGAUCUAAAGACGGUGUUACACACCCUGGGCGUGACAGGAGACUGUGUGUGUGACCUGCUCGUCUCGAUUCAUUCUGAGAUCAAGAGUGCCAUAUGGGACUCCCCUGCCUCUUCAAUGUCAUCUCUGCUCCACGCUGCGUCUCUGCUGUCCAAUCAGCUGCAGAGAGGAGUGGAUCUGCCCAGCGCCCUUUUACAGGCCUGUGGAGAGGCAUAUGCCUUUUGUCAGCGUACCACUGCUAGUCAGCAGCUGGCACAGGAAGUCAUAGAGAGACAGUUAGCAGAGCUAGAUUCUGAAGACUGGGGCAGCGGGCUGCUGUGUGCUGGCGUGUGGCCGGAUCGAAUUCCCUCGGCCCUGAUGAGCACUGAGGACUCAUGUUUCUCCAGCGUCCAGAGAGAUGGGCAGGUCCUCCUAUACUGCCUUAACACACUCAGCCUUUAUGGAAAAAGGAAUCGUCCACUGAGCCUGGUUGACCUGCAGAGGGCAAUGCAGAGUGGCGCUGUGCUGGACGGGCUGCAGUUUUCUGGAGGUGGAACGAUGGACGGAGGGGCGGAGGAUGCCCUGCGCCUCCUCCCGACUGCAGUCAAAAUACUGACAGAAAGAGCCUCUCACAGUGACUGGAUCCUCAGAACCAGCUGGAUCACACACCUUGCCAAAACUUACAAACAUGCACCAGAUGCAGCUUUGAUGCAGUUGGAGGCAGGAUCCACAGCUCUGAAGUCUGUAUUCAACAGCAAGCUCAUUGGCAAAGGCAAAUGUCUGGCAGAGCUCCUGCAGCCGCACAGUACAGAUGACUACAGGAUUCUGGUAGACAUGCGCUGGAACAAGCAGUACUUGGACAUUUUGGCCAACACCUGCAACUUUGAGGAUGAGGAAAGAUACAUGGAAUUUAUGGAAGCAUUGAAUGCUGUUGCCAACAGAAUCAUACUGCUGAUGGACAGAGAAGAGAAAGCAGCUAUUAACAACAACGCUGGAAACACAUCACCUCAUAACUGCGCCCUUAGACUGGCAACUGCCUUCUCUAAAGGGACCGUAGACAUCGGCCAUCUGCCUCAUCCUGUCCUUGUCCACCUGCGUUCAUUCUUUGACCUAUGGGAUUCGUUUGUACUGCAGGCCUUGCAGUCAGGCCAGCCCUACAUCUCUGACCACCUGAUGUUUGAGAUACUGCAGCUGUUGCAGUGGAGGGAUCGUUUCUGGUACGUGUGUAACACUCUGUCUGCGGACGCUCGGGGAGUGUGUGUGCUCUCACUACACUGGCAGUGGGUGCAUAAGAACCUCAUCCUGCGGCUACCACAGCUUUUGAUGGGGGAUAGCGACUAUGAAGGGCAACAGGAACUACACACCAUGUCUACCGCCAUCCAAAACUCUCUCUCCAGCUCUGUGGCUGUGGCGUCUGCACUGAAGAACAUUCAGAAGACAUUAGGAAAACCUCUUCCCUUCAAGCUGGAGGUUGUAGCUGAAUGUGCAGCCCGUCUGCGAGUGCUGUGCAAGGCAUUGGAUGUGCGGGAUCUGCGCCUCGACAACAGCCUUGCAUCCCUAUGGAAACAGGAGGUGUCUCGUCUCCGUGGUGUGGCCAUGGGGAUUGACUCCAAAGAGGCUCUGCUUGAAGCUUGGGGUCUGGUGCUUCAGGCCAACCUCCUCCUGGAGCCUCAAAAUUCAGGUGUUCUGGAGAGGCUUGUGAGCUGUGUAGAUCAGCAGCAGGGUCACAUGGCUUCUUGCGGUCUGCUGGACUCUCUGUCUGAGGUUAAUGAGGAGGACGUGGGAGACAGUGCUGCUCCAGGCAGGGAGGUGCUACUGCAGCUUGCACGUAGGGCUCAAUUGUGGCCGGCGCUGGAGCAACUAGCAGUGCUAAAUCAAAUGAGAGUCACCACCGAUCUGUUACACCUGUCUGUUACACUGAGAGGCAAUAAGCAGGCAGAAGCUGGUCUGCGAAGGUCCCUGUCCAACCAUCUGCGUUUCUGCAUGCAGUCAACCCCCAUGAACAUCAGACAACUGCAGCCUCUCUGGUUCCUGCUCGGCACAGAACGGCCUGUGGAGGAGCUGCCACUGGUGUGGUGUGAGCUGCUGUCUGAAACAUUGGCAGCACUGUGGAGUGGCAGUGUGACCUCUGACCCCGACCGCUGGCUGAAGUGGAAUCCACUAAACCCAGAGGAACACAGAAACUCAAGAUCACAGCUGGGCCCAUCUGAUACGGGUCCUGCAAUGCUAAGUCGUGCAGUGUGGUCCCGUUGCAUGCUGGGAGUUCUGAGCAGCACUGAUGUGGGCGGCAGAUGGGAUCCGUCAGGCUCAUACUUCCUGUCAUCAUCAAGGGUCACCCUGGGUGAGUGGAGGGAGAGAACCGGGCAGCUACAGGAUUUAAGCGCAGUGAUCUGGGACAGUAUGGCUAUGACUGAGCUUGCUGACUUCAGAUUAACAGACCGCUGGCUGCAGGGCUUGGUUCUGCGCAGACAGUUGCAGUCGCUUUCUGAGUUGCUGUCUCCAGGGUUACAGGAGAGCUAUGCAGAAUCCUGUGAUAGUCUAACCGAAGGCCAGGACCCCAUCGGGGCUGCUCAGGAGAUUCAGACUGCCCUCAAAGAAGGCCUGUCUGAAAACCUGCUCCCAGAGGGCUUUCUAGAUACCUUAGUGACAUGCCUGACACAGUUUGCCCAUAACCGGGCACAAGAUUCAGUCCAACUUUCCCGGUCUGGAGUUUUCUGGGUGAAUAUGGGUCUGCUGCAAAUCCAAGUUUGGGCACCACAAACCAUUUUUGACCCAGCUGUCAAAAGAUCAUAUAAACUCCGCUAUGCACAAGAAGAGCUUGCUUUGCUGCAAGAAGAGUGGAGAGGGCGGAGCCUCUCCUCCCAGCUGCUCACAGGGGCGGAGCUUGAGGAGAGUAGCACUACUGACAACUUCCAGCAUCCUCGCAUCAGGUACUUGUGGAUCCGUAUGCAGCAAGUAAAAGAACAAAUUUGUGAACUGAGCCGUAAACAAGCCUGCCGUCCCCCUGACUCUCAGUACAGUCGCCUGUAUCAGGAACUUCAGCAUUACUUGUGCAGCAUCGGCCAACCAGCUGCAGUGGGCGACCUGCUCUCCCACCUCCUAAAGGCCUUACAUGCCUCUGGGCCAAAAUCUAGGCCAGGGAUUCAAAGUCUGCUGAAGGAGGAGGCCGUCUGGCAGGCGUCACAGCAACGCUUUGCCCAGCGACUGGUUGAGGAGUACCCACUUUAUCCUGAUGUAGUGGUGCCACUGCGGGCGGCAAUUCUGCAGGUGCAGCAUGGCAUGCGACUCCUGGCAUCUCAGGUGUCCUCCUCAAUGACCGCUCUUCCGGGUCUGAUGCACCUGGUGUCCACUAUGCUAGCUUUUCCGAGCCCGGCCGCGGCCUCUGAUCUGGCCUGUGCGGACUACCUGUGUUCAAGGGAAUGCAUGCAGAUGUUAAAGGGCCUGGGAAAGCAGUUGCCAUCAACAGAGGUCAGUCGCGUGGUGCCGGAUUCUGCGGUGUUGCUGUUGAACGCGCUUCUGUAUGUCCAAAGUCACGUGCUGAGUGUCGGACAUCUCAGCAAGGAGACGAGUAAACUUUUCAGACACGUUUGCCAGGCUAUAGUGAAUGAAUGGGACGAGCAGGAAAAGAGAGCAAGAGAAAAAGAGCAGAUGGAAGCGAGUCUGUACCGCAGUCGCUCUCGUCUGCAUGGAUCAGGCCUUACAGAAGACCAGCAGGAGGAGAGAGAGUUCAGGCGUUCAUUCCCCUCCUAUCAUAAGGACUUUGCUGACAUCACCUCAGAACCUAGUCUUGAUCAGCCAAUAAUCAUAGAGGAUGACGAUGAUCCAGAUAUGGAGGCGUCUGGAAGCAGCUCCCUAUUGGUCAGCAGCAUGUGCACAGUGGUUGAGGUCCAUCAGAGACUGUGCUUGUCUUACGCUCAGUCACUGUGGUACCAGCCCCACCCAUCAACCAAUCACACCAAAGAACACAUCAGUGCUCUGGUGUCAUCCUAUCAAAUCGCAGCUCCUCUGAUAGCCCGCUUCUACCAUCUAAUGGACAGCGAAGUGGACCCAAAGUUAAUGGGUUCUCAGCUCUUGUUCAGCACUCUUCUCCAGAACACAGUAAGUGGUUCUGGAGGUCCAGCUGGGCUCAUCUUGCAGAGUGAUGGUCCUUAUGACUUUUACAGGGAGCAUAAUAUGAGUCAGGCUCGACUCUGUCUGCCAGCACUAGAACAGCUCAGUAAAGCCGUGAGACAACGCCUGGAUGACUGGCCAGAUCACCCUGCGCUUGUUCAGAUCACUACAGUGAUAGAGAGGAUAUUGGCAUUCAGUCUGUCCAGCCCAUUGGCGAAGUUCCUAAAUGGUUUGGAGAUCCUACUCAGCAAAGCACAGGACUGGGAAAACAAUGCAAGCCGGUCGGUCUCUCUCAGGAAUGAGCUAGAAGCCAUCACGCAACUCAUCAUUCAAUGGAGAAAACUCGAGCUUAGCUGCUGGUCAAGCAGUCUAGAUAAUGCACUUAAGCGGCAUGCUGAAAACUCGAUCAAGCACUGGUUCUCCAUUUAUCAGCUCACGGAGAAAUAUCUACAGGAUUCUACAAACGAGGGUGGCGUCGAGGAUAUUUCCCUUUCCUCAGUCUCAUCCACCUUACAGGCCUUUCUGGAAGGCUCUACCUUAGGAGAGUUUAAUACCCGAUUGUCUAUGUUACUUGGUUUUCACUGCCACGUCUUAUUGGCUCCCAAACAGAAAGAACAUGACUCACUCUGCAGUUUGCUGUGGAAUCUCUUCAAAUACUACAGCCAGUUCUCAGAGAGCAUUCAGACCAAAAUCUCCCAACUAAGGUCACCCAUAGAGAAAGAGCUCAAAGACUUUGUUAAAAUCUCCAAGUGGAAUGAUGUCAGUUUUUGGUCCAUCAAGCAGUCAGUGGAGAAGACGCACAGGACCCUGUUUAAGUUUGUGAAGAAGUUUGAAGCAGCACUGAAGGAGCCGUGCUCACCGUGUCUGGUGGAGCAGGGCAGUGACAGCAGCAUGGACGGGGUGGAUUCACAGUCUGAAGAUACACCACUGCACAAGGUUCACCGGGUGCUGAAAGCGGCUUUGCCGGGAAAGGGAAGAGAUUUGCAGGUCGAUGGUCGAGAGGAGCUUUCAUCUGACCCCACGACUCUCCAAGCCCGCCUGCCUGUUCUCACGAGGAAGAUGAGAAAGUUGUGUGUGCAGCUGAUAAAGAAAACCUCUGUUCCUGAGCUAUCAGAAGAUCUAGAUCAAUUUACUGCUGAGGUCAUAGCAAACGUGCAAGCCCUGCAAAGCUUGACGGUGGACCGCAGCGUAGAGCAAGAAAGGCAGAAGUCUGAGGUCAAACACAUCCUCCUGCAGAAACAGAGAGCACUGGCUGAUCUCUUCAAGAUGCUUGCGCAGAUCGGUCUGUCGUACCGCAAGGGUCUGUCCUGGGGCCGUAACGCAGACCCACAAGAGACGUUAUGUCUGCAGCCGAUCGAGUUGAAGACGACCCUGUCCGCACUGAAGACACAGGACAACACGGAGCAAAUGUUGUUUGGAGAGAUCACGAAUGCAUGGGAUGGCUGUGAAAAGUACUUCUACCGGUCAUGGGCCAGACGCAACGCCAUGUUGACAGCAUUGCAAAGUGCUGUUAAAGAGCUAGGACUGGGAAAUGUGGAGCGUUGCCGUGGUUUCUCAUCUCAUCUGUUUAAACUUUUGCUGAGGCAAAGACGAAGACUUGCUGGUCUCACUGAGCGCUGGGUUCAGCUCAGGAAUCUGAUAGACAGUGUCCAGAGCAUCCAGUCCCAUACAUCUGACUCUGGAGAUGAUGCCAGUGGUCUCCCACCUCAAGGCUCUCUUCAUCAGUGGAUCACCAGAGCUCAGACUUCAGCCCUCCAGUGCUCUAUCGCUCUUCAGCAGCUCUCAUGGAUCCUCCAGUGUUGUCCUGAAGGUUCUUCUGCAGCCCCCACUCAAGCCAGGGAAGGGGAGGUUGUGCAAGGUCAAGCCACACUGAGCCACCCUUCUCCUCUGUCCCCUCACAUCCAGCCUCAGGCGUGUUUGAUGAGGAGAGGGGAGCAGGCAUGGAAGGAGGUGGAACAGAAGGUGGAGAACCUAACGAAGGAGAUGAAAGAUCUAAAAGAGACGCUGGACAAAUUAGCACAGGAGUCUACAGAAAGAGUCAUCUAUAGCUGGGACCACUUCACAUGUUGCUGUUCGUCCAUGGACCGACUGGGCGCUGUGGUGGCUCAGAUGCCAGCCCUUGAACAGCUCUUUAUUCCUGAUGGGGUCCCGGUCAGCCAUACCCAGCCCACCCUUGUACGUGGUCUUCAGGCUGCCAGGACAGAGGUGGAGACCUGCCUUACAGAGUUCACCACCUGGAAGACUGGGCUGUUGUCUAUUAGACAGUCACGAAAAUGCCGUUCUGAUCCAUUUCCAGUCAAGUUCUCUGAGGACUUGGAGAAAGCAAUAAAUGUGGUUCUGUGUGCGGUUCAGACUCUGGUUAAGAGAAAAGAGAAAGAACAUCAGGAAGAUCAGCAGUCAGAAAGCAGGAGAGAGAGCGACUCAGAGAUAUUAGAGGAGCUCCUGAAACCAGGACACUUGAGCAAGUUACUUGAAGAGGACCUGAGUGGAGACGUUUCCUGUCUCUCUUUACCUGAGGUUAAUGGAGUGGUAACAGAGCUGCUGCAGAGACUUCGAUCACACAGGGAUGCUUGUCCACCUCAUCAACUACAGGAGAUAAGAGAGGCCUGUAGUGCUUUAGUGCGGUUGGAGCCCAUGUUGUGUGUGUACUCUGAGCUGGUGCGAUAUUAUCUGGCCAUCAUAAUGGGGGCUCACCGUGCCACCGGCAAGCUCCUGUCUGUUCUCGCUAACGUCUUCACUGAACUCGCGCAGAAGGGUUUCUGUCUACCCCAGGAGCUGAUGGGAGGAGGAGACGGCGAGGGAGCAACAGAGUUUCAUGACUAUGAAGGUGGAGGAAUAGGAGAGGGAGAUGGAGUGAAAGACGUCAGCGAUAAGAUUGAGAAUGAGGAUCAGGUUGAAGACACCUUCCAGGAAGGUCAGGAAAAGAAAGAGGAGGAGCAGGACCAACGUGACAUCAAAGAGGAGGACAAUGCCAUCGAGAUGUCUGAAGACUUUGAUGGAAAGAUGCAUGAUGGCACAGACCAGGAACCAGGAGAGGAUGAGGAAGACUCCGAUAAGGAGGAAAAUGAAGAGCUGGAUAAGAAGAUGGGGGAUUUGGGUGACGGUCAGACAGAUACUCUGGACGAGAGAAUGUGGGGAGAUGACGAUGAGGAUGAUGAUGUUGAUAGCGAUAAAGAGGAUGAGUCCGGUGCAGGGAUGGAUCAGGGAGAGUCAGAGCUGGUUGCAAAGGACGACAACACAGAUGCUGGAGAUUCAAAGGAUAAGAAGAACGAGGACAAAGAUGAUCAAAAAGGUGAAGAAGAGAAAGAUAAAAUCCAUGAACAGCUGGACGAGCGGGAAUUUGAUGAGAAUGAAGUAGACCCAUACCACGGUAAGCAGGAGAAGAAGCCAGAUCCAGAAGCCAUGGACUUGCCAGAUGAGCUUAAUCUCGAUGAUGAUGGCAAAGAUGAAGAAGAUGGAGAAGGUGGUGAUGAGGACAAUCCAUUUGACAUCGAUGACAAACUCAUGGAAGUGGAUGAGAAAACAGGGGAAGAGAAAGAUGGAUCAGAUGAAGCUGGAGAAGAAGAGGUGACGGAUGAGCAGCAAGAUGGUCAGAUGGAGGAACAUGGAGAGGAGGAGAAACCAGAUGAGGAUGUAGAAGGAGAAAAAUCACAGGAUAUAGAUCCUGAAACCGAUGAGAGAGGAGAAAAUGAUAAAGAAGAAGAGGAUGAAGAGGAAAAAAAUAAAGAGCAGGAAGAAGGACAAGAGGAGGACAAAUCCAUACCAGCAGAUCAAGGCCAGAGACCAAAGGACGAAGAGGAAGAGGGUAAGGAUGACGAUGAUGCUAAGAUGGAGUCUGCAGAGAGGAAGGAACAUGCGUCAGACGGACAGACAGGAGAGGAAAACAUUCAGAGUGACAACGCGGUAGAGCUGGCUGGAGCAGCUUCAGAGAGAGACCAGGCCAAAGAGGAGCAUGGCAGUGGAGCGGCUGAUGCUAGUCAGUCAGAGGGGCACGACUCCAAGCUGACGGCCAGAAUGAGUUCACAAAAACAAAGGGAGAAAAACACACAGAGUUUCAAACGCAAACCAGGCCAGGCUGAUAACGAGCGCUCGAUGGGCGAUUACAAUGAACGUGUGAAUAAGCGCUUGCGUACGGUUGAAAACAGAAAGGAGGGAGCGCAGGAUCAGACACAGCCCAACACGCAACAGGAGUCAGACCUGUACGAACAUAUUAAACAAGGAGAGGAAAAUUAUGACGCACAAACAUAUGAUGCUGCCAGUGCAGAGCAGCAGAAGCCAACUGGUACGAACCAGGAAGUAGAUGAAGAGGAAGAUGAUAUUGCCAUGGAAAUUGAGGAAGAGAAGGACCUUCAAGCAGUUGAAGCCCAGGAGCUCAAGCCAGAGAAACUAGAUAACAAUACAGCCUCUAAAAAAGGUCUGGAGUGUGGAGACAUGGAGACACAGGAACGGACCGCUGAAGAAGAGGAGAGGCCAGAGACGCUGAGGAGCUGUGAUGAUGAAGAGAUGAAAGAGAGGAGUAAUGAGUCCACCAUCCACACUGUGCCUGAACUACUGAUGGACACGCAAAAGGAGCCAUUGAAGAACCCAGAAGAGCUGAGAAAAGAGAUGGAGCUUCAGCUGGAGGCGUGGCAGAGACAGACUUUAGGAUCUCAGGAAGAGGAGAGCGCUGCAUCAGCGAUGUGGCAUCAGUAUCAGACUCUGACGUCUCCUCUGUCUCAGCAACUCUGUGAACAGCUGAGACUCAUCCUGGAGCCCACGCAGGCAGCCAAACUCAGGGGAGAUUUUCGCACCGGCAAACGGCUGAACAUGCGUAAGGUCAUUCCUUAUAUUGCUAGUCAGUUCCGCAAGGAUAAGAUCUGGCUGAGAAGAACAAAACCCAGCAAGAGGAACUACCAGAUCUGUCUUGCUGUGGACGACUCCUCCAGCAUGGUGGACAACCAUUCAAAGCAGCUGGCAUUCGAGUCUGUCUCUGUCAUAGUAAAUGCUCUAACUCUGCUGGAAGUGGGACAGGUUUCUGUGUGCAGCUUUGGAGAGAACGUCCAGCUUCUCCACCCCUUCCACCAGCAGUUCAACGAUGAAAGUGGAGCAAGAAUACUACGGCUCUGUCAGUUCCAGCAGAAGAAGACUAGAAUAGCUCAAUUUUUAGAGACUUCCACAAAUGUGUUUCUAGCAGCUAAACAACACAACCCUGGCUUGCCGAACACUGAAACGUCUCAGUUAUUGCUGAUAGUUUCUGAUGGUAGAGGUUUAUUCCUGGAAGGGAAGGAAAGAGUCGCAGCUGCUGUCCAGGCCGCUCGGAGUGCAAACAUCUUUGUCAUAUUUGUAGUGCUGGACAACCCCAACUCCAGGGACUCAAUAUUGGAUAUUAAAGUGCCCAUAUUCAAAGGACCGGGUGAGCUGCCGGAAAUUCGGUCUUACAUGGAGGAAUUUCCCUUUCCCUUCUACGUUAUCUUGCGAAAUGUGAACGCUCUCCCAGAGACACUGAGCGAUGCUUUGAGACAGUGGUUCGAGCUUGUGACAGCCACAGACCAAUAAAGGACCACACUGAAGCCAUUUUGAAGGGGCCAGAAGACACAACUGUACGACAGAAGUUCUGCUGCUAGACCUCCUCCCAAACAUGGAUGCACACACACAUACACACACAGGCUGCUGUACAUGUGCCUUUUUCUUAAUUUUAUUAUUUUAUUGAAUUUGUAGUUUUUGAUUGAAGUGGUCUCUCUUGUCAAUCACCACAAUGAGUAGAAAUAGUUUUCUCUCAUUACCAUCUGUCAACUUUGCACAUCUUUUUAAUGUUUGUUGAUUUUCUUUAAAAGAAAUGUUGACUAGAAAUGUAAAGAGUGAAGGUUGAUUCGAGAUGCCCAUCAGUAUUUCCCACCCACGUCCUGUCUGCAUCCACCUGCAUCUAAAUGUGAAUACAGUUCUUCAAAUGGCACUGCCAAUCAUGUUUGAUAUGUCCAGAAGUCCAUCUGUAUUUCAGUAUUUGUCUCCAGACACAUUCAUGGUUAUCAAGAAAAAAAUGUGCCUUUACCAAAACCCACAUACUUAGACAUUUCUCACUGAAACUGAUAAACUUUGAUGCUAACUCGUGCUUUGCGAUGUACAUUUUCAGAUUCUGACUACUGUAACUUUACUUGACAUUUCUUCCACAUACCCAGGAGCACAACAAAAAACUUUUGAAAGAUCAUCAGAAAUUUUUGUAAUUUCAGUCAACACUAUUCUAACCUUGGAUAUUAAAAGUCGUAGACAACAACUGCAUCUCUACCAGGCAUAUACAUUUCAUUUGGAAGUAUUUUAGUUACAUUUUGCACACGUUUCACAUUUCUCUGCUCUGUCUGUGCGUUUGAGAAAGAAACAUCAAAUAUAAGUAAUAUUUUGUCAUGUACACAUUGUCCAAAUCCAGCAGUAUUCUGAUAUCCAUCUUUGGUCUCUUGCCAUCUUCCUCAUCUUAAUGAUGAACUGACAUUUGUUCAUAAAUGUGCAAAUAACAAUAAAUCCUUUUGGACGUGU